AUGUCUGAAGACAUCAAAUCCAAGAUCCAAAACUACCUCACGGCACCAUUUGACAGCCGCUUCCCCAACCAGAACCAGACUCGCUACUGCUGGCAGAACUACCUGGAUUUUCACCGUUGUGAGAAGGCCAUGAACGAUAGAGGCGGUGACGCAUCUGUCUGCCAGUGGUACAAGCGUGUCUACAAGUCCCUCUGUCCCGCGUCCUGGGUGAAUUCUUGGGAUGAUCGCAUUGCAGAAGAUACCUUCCCUGGGAAGAUCUGAGCCACUUUCUCUUCCUCCCUCAUCCCCACCCUAAUGCCUGGGGCUGGAUCCCUUCUUCCUUCCGAGUGGGAGGAAUGUGAUCUUUGACUGCCCUUGCACUGGGAGACCUGAAUCAUGUUAAAAUAAACUGUAUUGGAAUCGAAAAAAAAAAAA